AUGGUGGCAUUUGAGUAUAAGCAAUGUGUCUACUUUGAGGAUGGAUUUAGAGAUAAUUUGAGAGUUCUGAUAGCCCCGCAGAGGGAGCGAGAUCUUUCUGCCUUGGUUGAGAAGGCAAAAAUCAUUGAGGAGGAUAUAGAGGUAGUCAUGAUCGGAGAACGUCGGAACUACUUGUCUAAUGUGAUCUUUGCACUGGUGGUGGAAAAGAACUCUACAGUUAAGGAUAUUAGAACGGUAAAGGAUGUUUCGGGCGUCUUUCCUGAUGAGCUAUCGAGUUUACCUCUGAAUCGUGAAGUGGAGUUUGGGAUAGAGCUCCUUCCUGGUACAGCUCCGGUGUCCAUCGCUCCCUAUAGAAUGGCACUGAAGGAGCUUGUGGAGCUUCAGGCUCAGAUUCAAGAGCUUUUAGAUCCACCCUUGACUAAGUUGCUACGUAAGGGUGUGCCGUUUAACUGGAUUGAUGCACAACAAGAAAGCUUUGAGAAGCUUAAGACUAUACUAACUGAUGCCCCUGAUGGUAAGGUGGUAGCCUAUGCAUCUCCUCUGCUUAAGACCCAUGAGGCGAAUUAUCUGACGCAUGACUUGGAGUUGGACGCUGUGAAGGAGUUUAAUUUUAGGCAGCGCAGAAGGAUUGAGCUACUUAAAGAUUAUGACUACACCAAUAAGUACCACCUUGGUAAGGCCAAUGUGGAGGUUGAUGCACUGAGCUAUAGGGCUAUGAUUGAUUUGAGGGCGAUAUUUGUUCGCUUAAGUUUAUUUGAUGAUGGUAGUCUGUUGGCUGAUUUACAAGAUGAGAGUGGGAAUACCGAGGAUUUUGGACUGAAUAGCGAAGGGGAUGAGGCUAAGCAUCAGUUACCUUCGAGUUUGCUGCAGCUGGUUAAGAUUCCUCUCUGGAAAUGGGAGUGCGUAACUAUGGAUUUUGUUAAUGGGUUGCCUCUAACACCCACUAACGAAGAUUCAAUAUGGGUCAUCGUGGAUCGAUUGACCAAGUCCGCCCACUCUAUACCAGUUCGUACUGAUUAUUCUUUGCACAAGCUGGCGAAGCUUUAUAUUUCUGAGAUAAAAACUGCAUGGAGACCAGUUGCCUACCAGUUGGAGUUACCUCCAGAAUUGAAUCAGAUUCACGACGUGUUCCACAUCUCUAUGUUGAGGCGCUACUUCUCUGAUCCCUGGUAUAUUAUUCUUGUUGAAGAGAUCGAGGUUAGGCCAAAUCUGACCUUUGAGGAGGAGCCAGUUCAGAUUCUAGAUCGCGACGUUAUGGUUCUGAAAAGGAAAUCCAUUCCACUGGUAAAGGUUCUAUGGAGUAAUCAAAACACAAAGGAGGCCACAUGA